AUGCCCCCAAAGAGAGUGCGAAAGAGCUCGCCUCCUGCAGAACGUCGCGAGCGCCUGACACUGGCUAAAUUGGCCAGCUAUGACGAUGUCGCAACCGAUGCGCUGGUGGAUCACGCCUAUUUUUGGACCACUACCCGCAAGAACCGCACCAAGUAUAGCCCUGCCCGCGGAAUCCACGAUGACGAUAUUGGGCGCAUUCUUCUCCACGACGUUAUUGUCGAUAAGGAUAUCGCAACGGCUGAACGCAAGCUGCUGGAAAUAGCAGGCUUAAAGAAAUACAUGGCAAACCUCCGUAGCCCCCGAGAGAAGGAGUGGUUCCGCCGACACCUCCGCAAGUACAUUCAGAUGUAUCUUCCAGACUGUCCGUUUGAGGUCACCACGACCAAUCGAUACAUCAUAACGCAACAUGAGGCUGCAAUCUGUGCUCGCAGGUUCAUUAAAAAGGGCGAGGAGAUCAAACACCUGAGUGGAACUCUCGUGUCUAUGACCCAUGAAGAAGAGUUGGAUCUCGGCCUGACCCGCAAAGACUUCAGCAUUGUGAUGUCGAGUCGCCGCAAAUCCCCAUCGUUCUUUCUGGGUCCCGCUCGUUUUGCCAAUCAUGACUGUGAUGCCAACGGUAGCUUGACAACUAGGGGUAACGAGGGCAUGUCUGUCAUGGCCACGCGAGACAUCCACGAGGGAGAAGAGAUCACGGUUUCCUACGGAGAGGAUUACUUUGGCGUUGAUAACUGCGAGUGUCUGUGUCAUACUUGCGAGCGCGCUGUACGGAAUGGCUGGUCUUCGCAUAUUGACACAGAGCCAAACAGCAAAGAGUCCAGCCCCGUUUCUGAAGCUCCACCAAUUGAAGAGAGCAAUGUGGCUAGGAAGCGUAGACGCAGCUCAGAUGUGGAUGAAGCCGGCAGCUCCUCUACCCCGACUUGCUCCACUCCGCGCAAACGUGCAAAGUUCCAACGACAAGUUUCCAAGUUGCGAGAAGAGAUUUCGGUUUCUGAACUUGCUGGGGAAUCUGCUCCAACGCGCGGAUCGGAUAACACCCCCAUCUCAGAUACUUUACUGAUUCCAACCGCCCUUUUAACUGAAGCUGUACCACACGUGUCCGAGCUGAAGAAAGAGAUCACAGAGCUAACCGCAAUGGCAUCGCAAACUGAUUCACCAACCCCCCUUCCAAUUGCCACAGGGGCGGGGCACCUAAGCGCGACUGCCCAAUGCGAUCCAAAUGGGACAAAUGGUACUAAUUCUACUAUCCCUACGGACUGCGACUCUCCAAACUCCACCGCCGAUGAAUCUCACCGGUCGUCGACGUCAACUACCCCCACAACUGAGGAUGACAUGGGAACCGCGAUCAAGACAGAAGAAACUACAUUGGAGCCGUCUGAGUCGAAAUCACUCAACGGUGAGGAACAUCCCGAUGCCUCAACUAAAGGUCAGCCCGUCACGACCCACCCUAUAACCAUUGACCCCGAAGAAGGAUUAUCAGACUUAUCAACUUCUACAAAAUUAGACGACACCAAUGGUGCCAUUGUGGAUAAGCCCAAGACGCGAAAGCCUCGCACCAAGAGGCGAUUCAUCGUAGACUCCGUCGAGACUGAAUCACAAGUUGCCCGAGUUCCUGGAGACUAUACCAAGACAUCGCGAUUGCUAGCCCAGAAGUAUGAUCGCUGGGUGGAGUGCCAGACCUGUGAUACAUGGUUCCUCCAGUCAAACUCAUAUCUUACUCGACGUGAAUGUCCGCGCUGCGAACGACAUUCCAAGCUGUACGGCUACCAGUGGCCAUCGACAGACAAAGGUCCGGAUGGUGAAGAGCGGGUAAUGGAUCACCGGACCAUCCAUCGGUUUUUGUCCCCCGACGCACAAUCACGUAUCUGUCGCCGAGACCGUGGCGUUAGUUUUGGGAUUACCCCCACCCCUGAACUGUCAGACACAAAUACCCCAGAAACGGAGACUAGUGAUGCAGCUGAGUCUCGCCGUGAUGCUCGGGCAAGUCGGCGUCGCACUAGAGAACUUCGUAUGACUAUGUAA